AUGGCGGCCUCUGCAACCGGUCCAGGUACCGCAUCAGUCCCCGAACUCAAAAACCUCACAAUCGAAAACAUCACCGAGAACGUGCACCGCAUCAAUUCGCAAUGUUCCGACCCACGCCUGAAAUACGUCAUGGAGCGCCUCGUCUCGCACCUGCACGACUUCGCGCGCGAAACGCGCCUUAGCUUCGAUGAGUGGAUGGCCGGCAUACAAUUCCUGACGCAGGUCGGGCAGAUAUCCCACGGCAAGUACGACGUGCAGUACGAGGAUCGGGGGGAUAAAGCAGACGGCCGGGCGGUUGUGGAGAGCGACAAGGAUGGAGUAUUUUGGUUCAUGGGGAUUGUGCCCGUGCCGUAUCCGAUUCCGAAUGAUGGGCCGGUGGGCAAGUUGCUGGUCAAGUUGGGACGGCAUUGCUGGAGGCCGAGUCAUAUGCAUUUCAUGUUUGAGAAGGAGGGGUUUGAUCACCUUGUUACAGCACUGUAUAUCAAGGGCUCGGACUACGAGACGUCGGAUGCGGUUUUUGGUGUCAAGGAUUCGCUGAUUGUCGGGCUGGAUACUGCGACGCCGGAGGAGGCGAAGCAGUAUAACGUCAAGGAGGGCACGCAGGUGCUCAAGUAUGACUUUGUGCUUGUCACGGACGAGGAGACGAAGCAGCUGAGGCAUGACGAGGCGGUCAAGGCGAUGAAGGGAUUGGGCAGAGAGGGCAUGAUGAUUGUAAACGGCUUGCCUGUGCCUGAGGUCGAUUAG